UAAAUCUAAACCCUUCUCUCUGCAUUUCAUCAAUAACCUUAUCAUUUCACCGUUGCUAGGAACAAAUGAAGCUCUUCUUGGUUCUUGUAGCGGCCAUCCUCCUCCUACAGGCUCUGGUGCAAGCUUCUGCAUUUAGCAAUAAUGCAAAUUCUCUGGCCAAUGUGGAUGAAGGAAGUGACAUGGUAGCUCUUAACAAAAAAUAUCAUAAGAAAAUCAAUUGCAACAAUGCAUGCUCAAGGAGAUGCAAGAAGGCAUCAAGAAAGAAUGUUUGUCACAGAGCAUGCAAGACUUGCUGCAAGAGAUGCCACUGCGUUCCACCUGGUACCUAUGGCCACAAGCAUGCCUGUCCCUGCUAUGCAAAGCUCAAAACUCAUGGGAAUAAGCCCAAGUGCCCCUGAUUUCAAACCCACAAUUAGGUAUAUUUGGAUUAUGAGGAAAUCUACCAUUUGCUGUAAUAAGGGAAAAUAUUCCCACCAGUUCUAUUCUUUGAACUACUAGCAUUUAGUGCUCAUUUGGGAUUGCCUGAUCAGGAUCAUCAUUUGAAUGAUCAAACUCCAUUAUUGCUUCUA